UCUGCUUGUCCAGCAUGAUGCUGCCGAGAGGGGGAAGAAUACAGAAUUUGUUUCAGGGAUCCAGACAAUGGAUUUAUCGCCGUGCUGCAGGAGUCGGGGGAGAUCCGAGCGCUUGCAGGUCUGGAAAAGAGGGGAAGAUGCGCUGAAAGGAUGCUAGAUGGAGAUUCCCCGCCCGGCUGGAUCUUCCUUGAUUGGAUUCUCUAGCAUCUCCCUUGGCGACUCGCAGCUUAUCGCCGAAUGUCGCGGUUGGUCCGCCAUCCAGGCUGUUCUUCAUUGGGCUUAUCAGAGAUGUUAGUCCAGUCUCUUGCGGGACAAUCGAGGCUCGGAUCGGCCGACAGACGGGACAGAUAGGCAGGGCGCAGCAGAGAUAAAUACACGCACCUCGUCAUGGCUCGAUUGAGUAGGAUUUAGGAAACUGCUUGGCCUUUGAGGCAGACGCAAGGUUGACCGCUGAGAUGGCUCGCAAAGAGGAUCGAGACUCGGUACGGACGACGGAAGCAGCUCAGCCUGCCAAACAGACACAGGUGCAGAUAUCGCCUGAUGCCGCUGACGAUGUCGCCCCAGACCAAGGCUGUCGAAAGACCUCCAAAUUCUCAGUCUUGCUGAUGAUCGUGUUCUCCGGUCUGGCCAUUGGCUCUGACGGUUUCAACGCAUCUAUAAUCGGCAACCUCGAAUUGGUCAUGGAGGUCAUCUACCCAAAGGCUCUCACCACGGCUGUCGCAUCUCGUUUGUCCAACGCCUUUAUGGUAGGUAUGAUCAUUGGCAUGUUGUCCUUCGGAUACUUGUCCGAUAAAUUGGGCCGCAAGACCGGCGCAGUCUUGACCACCGUCAUCCUCGUCCUAGGGAUCGCAUUGAGCGCUGGUGCUAGCGGAACAGAUCGAGAUGGAAUGUUUUGGAUGUUGAUUAUUGCGAGAGGAAUCGCUGGCGUCGGCGCGGGUGGGGAGUAUCCGGUUGCCGGGGCUGGUGCUGCAGAAGCCACCGAUGAAGAUCUGGGUGUCCGAAACAAACGAGGCUUCAUCUUUGCCAUGAUUGCUGACCUGUCGGCUUCCCUUGGGUUCGCCUUUGGUGCCCUAGUCCCCCUGCUGUUGCUUCUGUGCUUUCACCAGGAGGUCCGUCAUUAUGAAGCUGUCUGGCGGAUUUCACUCGCGCUGGGGGUAAUUCCUCCGCUCUCCAUCUUUUGGUUUCGAUACCGAAUGGCUGUCAGCUCGGCUUAUCGCAAGAGCGCGAUGCAGAAGCAAACAGUGCCCUACUGGCUGGCACUAAAGCGUUACUGGCGUCCGUUGUUAGGCACGUGCGGCUCUUGGUUCAUUUAUAACUACAUCUCGUACCCGUUUGGGCUAUUUUCAUCAACAAUUGUCGGUCGCGUGAACCCGACCUCCUCUCUCGCACUGACAAUGGCCUGGGGCACGCUCAUCAACUGUUUUUACAUCCCCGGGGCAUUCAUCGGGGGCUUCCUGUCCGACCGGAUUGGGCGGCGGCGGACCAUGGCGCUCGGGUACUUUCUCCAGGCUGCCCUGGGCUUUAUCCUGGGUGGCGCGUUGGGACCCAUCGAAAAGUCGCUGCCACUCUUUAUUGUGCUCUAUGGCGUUUUCCUCACGCUCGGAGAGGUGGGUCCCGGAUCGACGAUUGUUGUGACAGCCAGUGAAAGUUUCCCGACCGCGAUACGCGGGCAUGCCGUGGGAUUUGCAGCGGCAUGGAGCAAGGCGGGGGCGGCCAUUGGGACGGCGGUUUUCAAGCCUAUCCUGGCUAGCUGGGGAGAUGAUGAGUUUCGCGGCACGCAGGCCGUGUUUCUCAUUGGCUCCGGGUUCGCCGUCCUAGGGGGGCUCUUGGCCUGGUUUGUGUUCCAGGAUGUGGAUCACGCGCUGGACAAUGAAGACCAGGCUUGGAAGGACUAUCUCGCUGCUAAUGGCUAUGGGGAUGUGCAGUGGGGCAUUGCAAGUAGCUCAUCGCAUGAGCCGGAACCGAAGGCAGCGCAGACGUAGUCUCGGAGACUCCGUGGUCACUAUAGAGUUGUCGGUUUGCAGGUAUGCUGCCGAGCAGUACUCGAAAGUAUCUCAUUAUGAUCGUAUAUCCUCUAGCGUCUUAAGCAUCCGGGGGAGACUCGUAUUCUUCAGCUUCAACGAGGGCAUUGCCGUCGCUUAAACAUUUCAAAUUCAGUUGAAUGGGAGUGCGAUUGGGUGCCGCAAGCCUGCCCUUAAUGUUGAGGGCAUAUGUUGCCGUUCUAGACCCAGAGGCUCGAACUUAGUUUCAUGCAGGAACUGACAGGGUUAGGUCAGGCCAUAUGGGCCAUCGCGUGCG